UCCAGGAAGAAGAGAGACAUGGAGAUAAAGAACUACAGCAGCAGCUCCUCAGGCUUUAUCCUUCUGGGCCUAUCUUCCAACCCUCAACUGCAGACUCCCCUCUUUGCCAUCUUCUUCACCAUGUACCUUGUCACUGCAGUGGGAAAUGUACUCAUCAUCCUGAUCAUCUACUACCGGCUCCAUACACCUAUGUACUUUUUUCUCAGCAACCUAUCCUUUAUGGAUAUCUGCUUCACAACAGUCAUUGUCCCCAAGAUGCUGGUGAAUUUACUAUCAGAGACAAAGUCUAUCUCCUACGUGGGCUGCCUGGUCCAGAUGUACUUUUUCAUGGCAUUUGGGAACACCGACAGCUACCUGCUGGCCUCUAUGGCCACAGACCGGCUGGUAGCCAUCUGCAACCCCUUCCACUAUGAUGUGGUUAUGAACCCACGGUGCUGCCUCCUCAUGCUACUGGGUUCUUGCACCAUUUCUCACCUGCACUCCCUGCUCCGUGUACUACUCAUGUCCCGCCUGUCUUUCUGUGCCUCUCAUGUUAUUAAGCACUUUUUUUGUGAUACCCAGCCUGUGCUAAAGCUAUCUUGCUCUGACACUUCCUCCAGCGAGAUUGUCGCCAUGACCGAGACACUGGCAGUCAUCGUGACCCCCUUCCUGUGCAUUCUCUUCUCCUACCUGCGAAUCAUCAUCACCGUACUCAGAAUCCCCUCUGCAGCUGGGAAGUGGAAGGCCUUCUCUACCUGUGGCUCUCACCUCACAGUAGUAAUCUUGUUCUAUGGGAGUGUCAUCUAUAUCUACUUUAGGCCCCUGUCCAUGUACUCAGUGAUGAAGGACCGGGUAGCCACGGUUAUGUACACAGUAGUGACACCCAUGCUGAACCCUUUUAUCUACAGCCUUAGGAACAAAGAUAUGAAGAUCGGUUUGAGGAAAUUAAGGGACAAAAUUCACUCAUAG